AUGGUGCCUAUCAAUGAUGAUAUGUCCUGGAGUAACUAUGUCAAGGCGGUUUUCAAUGGCACCGACUGGAAUUGCUUGGAGGUUUAUGUUCAGGCAGAGAAGCGUUCGUCUGCAGAGGCGGUUUCUUCAGAGGUUGAAUUGAUGGAUAGCGAACCACCGGAUGUGCAACGUCAAGAUGCGCCACCACCAGAUCCAGCACAUGGUGCUUCUCUAUUUACUCCUUCGAUGGUGAACACCUUUGCACCAACCGUGCAUUCUCUGCGUGCUCGGCUACGAAAACCAAGAACGAACACCAGGACAUAUGCUGCCAAAGGUGGCGCAGAGGUUCAGUUUGGGCAAUAUCACACUGGAGCUUCAGAGCCAGCUGAUACAACCAUCUAUCCUUUAAUUGGGUUGUAUGAUGAGGAUCACCGUGCUCGUGCUUUAGUGUCAGGCAAGAAUCUGACCGAGCUCAACCCUCGUAAUCGCGAGCCUCUCCGGUUUGACAAGCGGUACGAAUGUUACCUUAGAGCAGCUGGGUUGAUCGGGCUGGCAAACAUUUCUAGGGCUGGACUGCCCUCCAUUGAUCGUGCACUUGUCUCUGCGCUAGUUGAUCGGUGGAGACCUGAGACCCACACUUUUCACAUGCCCUGCGGUGAGCUCACAAUCACACUACAGGAUGUUGCCAUGAUUCUUGGUCUGCCUAUCGCUGGCCGUGCUGUCACUUCAAACCAAACAGAGUCCCACAGUGAAUUGUAUCAACGUUACCUUGGGAAGAUGCCUCCAUCAGAUAAGACCCGCCAUGGGUUGAAGGUUGCAUGGGUCAGAGCUGAGUUCAAUAACUGCCCAGAAGACGCCGAUGAGGAGACCGUAAAGCAGCAUGCAAGGGCAUACAUACUUAGCCUGGUCGGUGGUCUGUUGUUUCCUGACGCCUCUGGUGAUAGGUACAACGCAUAUCCCUUUCCGCUGAUAGCUGAUCUUGAGAAUAUUGGGUCAUACAGCUGGGGUUCCGCUACUCUGGCCUAUCUCUACAGGGCAAUGUGUGAUGCUUGCAGGAGGCAGUCUGACCAAGGUAAUCUGACUGGUUGCCUUUUGCUCCUUCAGCUUUGGUCAUGGGAGCGUUUCCCAAUCGGCAGGCCGGAUAUGGUAAAGCUAAAAUACCCAAACGUGGAGGAGCUAGAGGAUGAAAGGGAUAGACCUGCAGUUGGUCUCAGAUGGGUUGUGGGUGUGUGCACAUAUCGAUCAGCUCCAGCACGUUGCUACGAGCACUUCACAAAUGAGUUUGACUUAUUAACGGAUGACCAGGUUGUAUGGAGCCCAUAUAGGGAGGAGCGGGUGGAGAAACUACAGCUUGCACCUAUAUGUACCCAGGAUUCUCAUUUGUGGCUGACCCAAGCACCUCUAGUUUUUUUCUUUAUGGUGGAGGUUUACACACCCGAGAGAGUGAUGCGCCAAUUCGGUCUUCAUCAGGAGUGCCCACCACCAUAUCGGGACACAAGUAUGGAGCUGCAUUGGUGUCGCCGUGGAAGGGUUCAUAAUGAUUGGGCAGAUAAGCACAAGUCUUUUGUGGAUAUGUGGGAAGUCAAGGAGCAGCACGUUAUCAAGGAAGAACGACCAUACAAUCCUGCCAACUACAUGGAUUAUUUGCGAUGGUACAGACGGUCGACACGUAUCCGUCUCUGCACCCCAAGGAUAAGUACUGGCAACCAGGCUGGGGCAUCUGGGCCUAGUGCAAUAGCUGACCCUGAAGAUUCGUUGCGUGCUUCCCGGCUCCGGUAUACCCCCAGGGCUCAUUUGAUCCACGCAGUGACCGACAAACUAACGAUCCUGGCGAAGGAGGCAACUUCUCAAAAGGGCUGUUCCAGAGGCGAAUGCAAUGCUUUCAUUGAGCUAGUCACUAGAACAUGUGUAGAGCUUGUUGGGGAACUUGGCGGAUCAUCACUUUGCGACAUUGCUGCUACGGUUCCCUGUUCAUUGACAGCACCAACCAUUGCAGCUGAACCUGAGGUAGAGCACCAGAGGGAUAAUGAGGACGGCAUAACUGAUCCCAUGUUGCCUGACCAGGAGACUGAGCCUGGCCCCGAUUCCGAGAGGCGGACUCGAAGCCAGGUUGGCCACACACAAGUGGAUGGCACAGUCCAUACAAAUUCACCACCAGGAAAGAGGAAGAGAGGCAGGCCGGGGCCAAGAUGAAAAAUGCUGUCGUAUCACAGCCUCCUUUGAUUCUAUCGUGUUCCCUGCCAUCUGUCUGCUGUCGUUGAGCCAUCACAUUAAUGAAACUAGUCUUGGACAGUUGAUUCUCUGCUUACUGCUCUUACUUGCAAAAUGACGCCUGUGUGUUUCUUGGCGUAAGAAGCUGUUGUCUGAAGGAAGGACAUGAUGGUUAGCGAGUUCAACAGUUCAUAGCUCCGACAAAGUCUAACACUGGGCGGCUCCAGAAGCAGCAGGUUGCAGACAGUGAUGGAGAAAUUGUCUUAGAUGGCGUAUAAGCUCCCCACGGCUCACCAUUAGCGUAGCUGCAUUGCAGGUCUACAACGACCACAUGAUUCCCCAGAAAAGGUGUCGUGUGAUUGCUUCAAUCAGGCUACAAAGAUCGCCCACAACCGGUACCAGCCUAGGCCUGAUGUUCCCCCACUUCUCUGCUGUUUUGUAUCCAUGGCGUGUGCUCAGCCCCGCGCCAUGUGGUGGUGUUUAUGUUAGUCCAAGGAACCAUAAUGUUGUAGCGUGGAAUUGUGCAUGGAAAUCGAUGCAUCUCCUUAGCCAUGGCUGCAAUUUGCAAAUCAUCUACUGAUCCUCAGGUAUC